CACGCUCACACACACACACAAAUUCGGAGGUGAAAGUUACUCAACCAUUUCUCUUGCUUCCUGCUAAGAUGAAGAUUUUGUCAUCAAGCAGCCAAAUGGUUCUAGCAAGAGUCUCUGGAUGUUAGGUACACAACUCACUGGUAUGGUGGUUCCUUGUUAAUUUUUUGGAAAUUCUUUUGCUGACAAAAGGGAGGAAGGGAGAUAUCUUUGCCUGUGAAACAGUUUCCAGAACUACUUCCUCUUUUCUGUCACUUCCUUCAAAUCAGCAAGUUCUUCCUUACUUGUCUGUUGGUGUUAAGUUGAUAAAUUUGCUUAAACUUGAUCUCCAUGCCGUCGGCUGUCAGUGGCACCACUGUGGCUCAACAGACUGGGGCUGGGCAGGUCCCCCGUCAGCAUGCCAGCACAACUGAAGAAACAGGUGGAGGUACAGGGGGGAUAUACUCUGCUAUCCUCAGCCGCAACCAGCCCAUUAUUGGAGUAAAGGAAAAGACCUUUCAGGAGCUUCAUAAGAAAUGCCUUGAAAAGAAGAUUCUUUAUGAGGAUCCAGAUUUCCCAGCUAAUGAAACCUCCCUCUUCUACAACCAAAAGCUCCCUAUCAAAUUUGAAUGGAAAAGACCAUCAGAAAUCUGUGACAAUCCACGUUUUAUUAUUGGUGGAGCCAACCGGAGUGACAUUUGUCAAGGAGAACUAGGUGACUGUUGGUUCCUGGCUGCCAUUGCUUGUCUCACCUUGCAUGAAAAAUUGCUGUUCCGGGUCAUACCACGUGAGCAGACCUUCAUAAAAGAUUAUGCUGGGAUCUUUCACUUCCAGUUUUGGCGUUAUGGAAGCUGGGUGGAAGUUAUCAUUGAUGACCGUUUACCAACAUAUGACAAUCAUCUGGUCUUCACCAAAUCCUCCCAGCAGAAUGAAUUCUGGAGUGCUUUACUGGAGAAAGCUUAUGCAAAGCUUCACGGGUCCUAUGAGGCUCUAAAAGGAGGCAAUACCACUGAGGCCAUGGAAGAUUUUACAGGAGGAGUAACAGAGUUCUAUGAGAUAAAGGAUGUUCCUAAAGAUAUAUAUAAAAUCAUGAAACAUGCCUUUGAGAGAGGGUCACUCAUGGCCUGCUCCAUUGAGGACAGUUCAGGAUUUAUUUAUGGAUCUGCUCCUCAAACUGAUAUUGGAUUACUAAUUGCCCAAAUGUUGAAGAACAUGAAUGAAUUUCCAAAUGAUUCAGCCCAACAGACAGAGGACAGGGCAACCCGGCUCGUAAUUCCAAUGCUGUACGAGAGACGCAUGACUAAUGGACUGGUAACAGGUCAUGCCUAUUCAGUUACAGCAGUGGAUGAGACAACAUUUAAAGGGGACAAGAUCAAACUGGUGCGGCUGAGAAAUCCUUGGGGGCAAGUAGAAUGGAAUGCAGCUUGGAGUGACAGUUCAGAUGAAUGGAAUGUUAUUGACGAUGCAGAGAAGAUCCGCCUGCAGCAUAGAGUUGCAGAGGAUGGGGAAUUUUGGAUGUCAUUCCAAGAUUUCCUGAGGUACUUCACAAAGCUUGAGAUGUGUAAUCUCACGCCAGAUACCCUGGAAGGUGAUAAGCUAAAAACAUGGACUGUUUCAGUGACCGAAGGGCGGUGGGUACGUGGUUGCACAGCAGGAGGCUGCCGUAACUAUCCAGGUACAUUUUGGACCAAUCCUCAGUAUCGCUUGAAACUCCUGGAAGAAGAUGAUGACCCAGAAGAUGAAGAAGUUGUGUGCAGUUUCCUAGUUGCACUGAUGCAGAAGAACAGGAGGAAAGAACGCAAGCAAGGAGCCAAUCUCCUCACUAUUGGCUUUGCCAUCUAUGAGGUACCGAAAGAGAUGCAGGGUGACAAAAAACACCUACAGAAGGAUUUUUUCCUCUACAAUGCCUCCAAAGUAAAGUGCAAGACUUACAUAAACAUGAGAGAAAUUGCUGAACGCUUCCGGUUGCCUCCAAAUGAGUAUGUCAUUAUCCCAUCCACAUAUGAACCUCACCAAGAGGGAGAGUUUAUCCUACGAGUUUUCUCAGAAAAACAAAGUCAUUCAGAGGAAGUUGAAAACAAGAUUGAAGUAGGACACCUUUCUCCAAUCAUCUUUGUCUCAGACAGAGCCAACAAGAACAAAGAUCUGAAAGGUGGUGAGGGGCCUAAAAAGGACAAGGGAAAAGCAAGCACAGAUAAGAAAAACAAAAAUAAUGAGCCUACACAAAGAGAUUCCAAGGAGAGUGAGGAAGAAAAACAGUUCAGAAAUAUUUUCCAGCAGAUUGCUGGGGACGACAUGGAGAUCAGUGCUGAUGAACUCAGGACUGUCCUCAACAAUGUUCUGAAAAAACACCAGAACCUGAAGACCGAAGGGUUUGCACUGGAGUCCUGCCGCAGCAUGAUUGCCUUAAUGGAUACAGAUGGUUCUGGGAGAAUAAACCUUGAUGAGUUUCGACACCUUUGGGAUAAGAUUAAAAGCUGGCAGAAAAUUUUCAAACUUUACGACACUGAUCAUUCUGGAACCAUUAACAGCUAUGAAAUGCGUAAUGCAGUUAAAGAUGCAGGGUUUCACCUGAAUAACCAGUUGUAUGACAUCAUUACAAUGCGCUAUGCUAACAGAAAUAUGAACAUUGAGUUUGACAGCUUCAUCUGUUGCUUUGUGAGACUGGAGGGAAUGUUCCGUGCAUUUAAUGCCUUUGAUAAAGAUGGAGAUGGUAUUAUUAAACUGAAUGUCUUAGAGUGGCUACAGCUCACCAUGUAUGCCUGAAAAAUGCCACCUGCAUUGCUAUCCUCAACCUCAAAAUUACCCCGAUUUUUUGACUGAAAGAAGCCAGCCAACAUUCACUUGCAAGUCAAGGACCUCUGGUGAUCUCUGUCCUUUAACAACUUAAUAUGGAGAGGGCAGCACAACUCAACAGUGAUGUACAAAAACAGCAUCCCUUUCCCUUUACCAAAUGAUGGCCAACUGGAGAUCUACUUCUUCAGUUAUUGAUAACUGACAUCAGCACUAAGGCAUCUUCUGCAAGGCAGUUACCAGCUAUCAUUAUGAUGAGAAACAUAUUGUUCUAGUGCACAUUAGCAACUCUUGACGCACAAGUGGGGAAUCUCAGGCUUGGGGGCAACAUGUGGUCCUUCAGGCUUAUCUGUCUGGCCCCCAGGCAACACAUCACCUGUGUUCUGCUUAAGUGCUUUUUCCUGGCUGGAACCUGUCCAUGAACUGUGGUAAUGUCUCUUGGUUGCCUUGAUAGAGCAUGGAGAGAUGCGUCUGGGAACGUGUGUAGAAAUCUGACUUGCAUGCUUGAAAUGUAGAUAGUGUAUACAAAAA